GCUUCUCUAGACAGUUAUUUGCCGUACAUAGGUGGAGCAGGUGCCUUAGUACUGACUGGAGUAGCGGCAUACUAUGCUACAAAACCGAUUCCUGAAACACCACUGAUGCCUCUUGAUGCUCAAUCGAGGCUACUUCCGGUGAGCGAUAGAUCUGGGAAUCACUUGUUUAUAGAAUUUCAUGUGAAUCAAAGAUCAUCAAUCGAUGAAUUAGACCCCUUGGAUCCUUUUCCUUCUUCCGGAUCUCCUAUCGAUGACCAAUUAACCAUGGAUCGGCAACAAACCCAAGAAAGUGUGUUUAUCAACGUACUGGCUCGGGUCCAACGUCAGUCUGAUCCGCAAGCGACUCAGCCUCUACCUCUACCUCUAGGACUAUAUUUAAAUCUUGCGAUAUAA